UUGUUCCGUUGGAAGAUACACAGAUACACAAGAGUAGUAUAAACCGCAAUUUGACCUGAUUGUCGCCAAGCAACCACACCCCCCUCCUCAGCAAUUAUCUUCUCUUCCCCUCUGCGCCAACAAGCAGUAACCCACAUACACAAUGGCCACCGCACAAGCCGAGAAACCAAAGACUCAACAGCCUCCUACUUACACUAACGACCCGGACGAAUCCGAGACUGACUACGAUUCCGACGACUACAUCUCCGAAGAGGAAGAGCAAGCGCCGCAACCGCAGAAGCAAACGGCCCAGCGUCGCCGGCAACCUCCUCCGGCCAAAGGCCAAACUUACGAUGAUGACGAUGACGAUGCGGAGUACUCCGAUGACUAUGCGUCGGAUGAGUAUGACGACGAUGACGACUACGACGAUGAUGACUACGACGGGGAAGAGGAAGUGCAACAAGCGAUGGAACGCUGGCAGCCCACUACGAUAAGCAGCAGUGACAACAAGGGCCAGAACAUCUCCAACGGCGCAAUGGACGCGGCGCCCUCGAACGACCAGAAGGGCGCAGACGAGGAGGGCAUGCGCCUGAAGUUGGAACUGAACUUGGAGAUUGAGGUCGAGCUGAAGGCUCGCAUCCAUGGUGAUUUGACGUUGGCUUUGCUCGCAUGAUCCGGCAUGCUCUCCCCAUCGAUUUUUGAUUCUGUUAUGCUUCGAGAGCGACCAAUUCCACCCGAAUUUCCUAUCGAGAGUUUUCCUCGCCAUCGCAAAAACGAUCCAUUAUCCGCCGCCUGUGCUUGUCGCA